AUCUGCAGAACUCAUAAACUCCUGCAAUUACUACUCUUCUCAUCUCUCUCUCCCUUAUCUCUCUUCACCGCAUUCAUAGUUACCACGACGAGCAAAACCCACGAGGAUUUCUUUAUAACUCAUUCACUUACCACCACCAUUGAAGAAGAUAUAUUAUAAAAACACACAGUUACAUGCCUAAGCUGUUCUAAGGCAUGGGUUCUUGACCACAUUAUUCCUUAUCUCCACGGAUUUUCUGGUGGACUUUCUUGUCGUGAAAAAUUCGAGUGACGAUAGGCGGCCACCAGUUGUCUGUUCUUCUGGGUCUUUGUUUGUUUCUCGAAGAUCGUAUUGGUCGAGGUUCUCCAGAGGCGGUUGUGUAUUUUUUCUCCUCUUGGAUUUUGCAGUGUGCUAAAAUUUGGUCCAAAGAAUGGGUGUUAUGGGAGAUUUUAAGUUGUGGGCUUUUCUUUUUGGGUCUGUUGGGACUGUUUUGCUGUUCAUCAGCAGCUUCCAUGGCACUCCAAUUAGUGCAUCUGAUCCUGAUCUGGCCAUCACCCGAUACAACAGUAGUUUGAUAAUGACAACAGGAGGUAGGAAGCUGAAGGAAAAAUGCUACUACAGUGGUAGUCCAAGCACAUACAAGAAAAACAAUCCUGCUGACAAAUUGGACCUGGAAGAUUAUCACCCAAUUGAUCCAACUCCAACAACAAAGACCUCAGUGAGACCGGGACCAAUUGAGCAUGGCAGCCCUCUGAUCCCCUAUAUUCCUAAGCCAUCGCCUCCUCCAGGUCCCCCCACAAGCGGUGGAUCAGCUUAACCUAAAUCUACACAAGAUCUCGAUGCUUGAAUAACAGAAUCCGUUGCAAGAAAAUUACAAAGAAAGCAGUUACUUGGUUAGCUGGGUAUGUUUAACCGGUGAUUCAUUUCCUUGUAAUAUAUCAUCACUACCAACUUCUAAAUAUCGCCUUUAUGCUGACUAUGCUUUGUGUAGAUAUAUGUCCUUUGUGAGUAUUAUAAAUUGUGUUGUAAUAUGAGAAUCCUUGUAGAGCAGUCCUCUCAUUGGUGACUCAUGAUUGGAGCUUUGCUAUAUGAUCAAUGUGAUAAGCUUGUGAUUUCUAUGUGCUUAUUAUAUGGAGAAGUAUUGUCAAUCAAUUUCGGAAUAUGUUGUUUUUGAUUGA